ACGCGCCAUACUAGCCAACACAGAUGUCUCCGGCCAUACGCCUUGGCAGAGUGUCUUCCAACAUGACUACUGGGGCACGCCGCUCACCGACACCGGCUCACAUGGCUCAUACCGGCCGCUGUGCGUGCUUAGUUUUCGUUUCAACUUCCUGCUGGGCGGCUACACACCUUGGGGAUUUCAUCUCAUCAAUAACCUCAUGCAUUGUUUGGCCACAGGUUUGGUCGUUAAGCUGGCGCGUUAUUUCCUCUCCUCUGUUUGGGGUGUGCUGGCGACGGGCGCCAUCUUCGCCGCCCAUCCCAUACAUACAGAGGCUGUAGCGGGUAUUGUGGGUCGUGCGGACUUGGCGGCCUGCAUAUUCUACCUGCUCACAUAUCUGAUGUAUAUGCGGCAUAUAGUGUGGCGCGAACGUGGUGAAAUGCGUCAAUGGUUGGCGCUAAUGCUCACUGUAGUGCUGUCACUUGUGGCUUUACUCUUCAAGGAGACUGCGAUCACGGCGCUGUUGGUGUGUGCAUUGUUCGACGGUUUGCGUGGGCUGUGCGGUUAUCGUGACAAGCAACGCAUGCGUACACUUUGCAUACUGGGCGCCUCGCUCGCCUGCAUCGUCUAUUGGCGUCUACUGGUGCUUCCACGUCCACAAACAGCCUUCUCAACAGCAGACAAUCCCAUUGCGAAAGCGCCUUCAGCGUGGUCACGUUUCCUCAGCUUCCUCUACCUGCCCGUCUUCAAUUUCAAUCUGCUACUGAGCCCGCUUGUGCUGAGUUUUGACUGGGGCAUGGAUGCCAUACCGCGUAUAACCUCGCUGCGUGAUGAGCGCAAUCUACUCAGCUUUGCUUUCUACAGCACACUUGUCACAGCGACGCUUAAGAGCUUUAAAUAUCUCUGGCGGCGGCGCUGCGAGCGCAUUGCAAAGGAGCAACGCCAAGCGCAACAACAACAACAACAUCAGCUGCGUAAAUCGCGUUCAAAAAAGAAGUAUCGCUUACCCAUAACCGCAUUGGAAUCCAGUGCGACAUAUGGAUUAUUGGAUGCAACCACUUUAAGCUGCGCACCGUACACGGCCGCUAGUACAACUGCGGCAGCAUCGCCGACGACGGGCGCACUAUCACUGCUGCAACCCGAGGCGCUGCCGAAUGCAUCCCAUCUGCGUUGUACAUGCCAUUAUUGCAAGCAGGAGCUUAGUUCUGUGCAUCACACAGCCUCGUGUCGUGCGCUUAACAAUAACAAUAACAAUAAUAACAGCAUACAAUGGCUCUAUGCGAAUGCGUUUAGCGAUUGCUGUUGCCAUCAGCUAUUUCAGUCUUCCAGUGGGGCACCCCACCUUCUGGCGGUUGCUCUACGCAAAGCGCUUAUGGCCGUUGUGCCGCGUUCCUCACGCAGUAGCAGCCGCUGUAGCAGCAGCACAACGGCGAGUAACAAUAGUUCGGGCAGUAAUACUUCCAGUAGCAGUACCUGCAGCAGCAGUUCAUCUUCCACCGAGAAGGCAGGAAACCAACAACGGGAACGUUUGACCACAGCUUCGCCGCUUUUGUUAACGCCGCGCGCAGCUCAACAUACAAAUAAUGCCUGCAUUUUACUUAUGGCAUUGUGUUUCCUUACACUGCCCUUUAUUCCAGCUACGAAUUUAUUUUUCUACGUCGGUUUCGUGGUGGCCGAGCGUUUGCUUUACCUGCCCAGCGUCGGUUAUUGCCUAUUGGUUGGUUAUGGUAUUAGCAAACUGAUGGAACGAGUUCGUUCGCCGGCUGCACGGAAACGAAAAGCGGCGCUCAUACUCGGGCUGAGCCUAUUGGUAAGCGUGAUGGGCGCUCGUACCGUGCAACGCAAUUGGGACUGGCAUGACGAGGAGAGCCUAUUUCGGAGCGCGGUGCAAGUUAACCCACCCAAAGCACUUGGCAACCUAGGAAGUGUACUUAGCUCACAAGGACGUUAUGAAGACGCGCAAAAGGUGCUUGUCGAGGCAAUCAAACAUAGACCCAACAUGGCGGAUGUUCACUUCAAUUUGGGAAUUCUCUAUCAAAACCAACAAAACCAUAAGGCUGCAGUGGAGUGCUUCAGAUUGGCGAUACAGUUUCGACCAAAUUUAGCAGUGGCUUUCCUUAACUUGGGUGCCUCGCUCAUUGCACUGGGCAAGUGUCGUGAGGCGGCCCAAAUACUAAAAGAAGGCACACAACUGAAUGGGGAAGGCGUACGAGAUCGUAUCACACAUGACAACGCACGUAUCUCAGCGUACCUGCAAUUAGGCGCUUUAUACGCCGAACAAGGAAAGCUGCAGCGAGCGUUGGCUGUUUAUCGUGAAGCGCUGCAUGCCUUGCCAACGACGUAUUAUCAGCGUGAUGUGCUUUAUAAUCGCUUAGGUGACGUUUUAGGCCGCUUGCAGCAGUGGAGCGAAGCGGAACGGUAUCACUAUGCUGCGCUGCAACUGCAACCGAAUCAGGUGGCGGCGCAUUUGUCUUAUGGCAUAACGCUGGCGAGAAAUAGCAGUCGGGCGACGGAGGCAGAGAUGUGGUUUAAGCGUGCACUACAGUUGGCGCCAAACCAGUCUAGUGUGCAUCACUAUUAUGCUGAGUUUCUUACCUCACAGUCACGCAACGAAGAAGCGCUCUUCUAUCGCCUAAGCGCCUCAAAUCUUGCCCCUAACGAUUACGCGCUGGUGGUGGCCGCCGCAACUGCCUUACGUCUGUCUGAGCGGAAAACGGACGCCGAAAGUUGGUACCGCAAGGCAGUGGCGAUGCGUCCUAAUGACGCUCACGCACACACCAACUUGGGAGCCAUUUUACAUUUACAAGGACGUACCAAACAUGCGGCCAACAGUUACAAAGAAGCCUUAAGACUACAACCGGGAGACCCAACAACACUGGGCAAUCUUGCCAAGCUUGGCAUCAUAGAACCCAAAUGAGUGCAUUAUGCAUGCAGCCUUGACACAAGGAAGCAGCAAAGGAACAAUGAGAUGAUGUAAUCAAUAAAAAGUAAGAGACAUAAAAAUGUAUUAUGAAUAAAAAGCAAAACUGCAGCAGGAACCAAAUGUUUUGAAAAAAAAAAAAAUAUUUCCUUGUUUAUUGAAAAAGAGAACAUUAUGCUAUUUUUGUAAAGGUAAAUACCAUAUGUAUAUAGAUACAUGUAUGAAUAUGUAUAGGAUAUAACACAAAAAGGACUUGAAAAUGCAACAAAGUAUCAAUAACCAGUACCAUACAAAACAGGAAUAUAAUAAAUAAAAUUAAAAUAGCUUCAUGAAGUAAUAAAAACAAUAAAAAUUAACAGAAAAAAUUACCGAAAAGAAAUAAUUAAGUACAUACUUAUUUACAUACAUACACUGCAUGAAGUAUGUAAUUUAGCCGCUUGUAAAUAAAAGCUAAAAAAAUGUAUAAAACACAUGUUUGUAUGUAUAUAUUUAUGAACAAAAAAUUAAUUAAUUAACUGCAAUUAUAAAAUUUAUUUAUUCAAACCCGAUUCAUCAAGUCUAUGUGAGUACAUAUAUACAUAUGUAUGUGUUGGCUUAUGUGUUGUUGUGUAUUCUAUCAAUUCGAUAUCACAGGGAUGAUGAAAAAACCAAACAAAAAAUGUGUAAAUUUGAAAAUCAUAUUAAAUAUACGUUGAAAUUUGCAGGUUUAAAGAAAAUAGCAAACAUAUUGGCAAUAAAAAACUUAUUGUAAAAACUACAUAACUUUGGAAUCUAAAAUGUAUAAAUAAUUAAGGUGUAUAUAACGAGUUAUUAUUAUUUACAUACAAACAGCAAAAAAAAGCAAAGUGAAUUGUGGUGUAGGGACGACGACGGGAAGCGAUGAGUUUGGGGUGCGGGUUUUCGGCCCACGUCGAAUUAUCGGAUUAUGUUAGUUAUGUAUUUAUAUUAGUUAAAAAAUAAUAUAAUCUAAUUAAAUAAUUAAUGAAAGGAACAAAUGGAAGCUCCUGUGGUUAAUCUAAUUUUAAUAUACAUAUAUGAUUGAUAAAUGAACGCAUUGGAUGUGAGUGUAAAUGAUAAUAAUAAUUACUAAAUACUACAAACAAAUUGCAAAUAGUAAACUGAUGAUGAUGCUUAUUGUAUUGAACGGAAGGCGUCAUUGUACAAUAUAUGAAAGAGAUUGAGAUACAUAAAUAAACAAU